CACACGAUAGAGUUACUUCCAUUUAUGAAUAUCAUUCCUCAAUUUGCCCCUCAAUCUACCCCUUCAAAGUAUAAUUCUGACGUUAGAAGUAAUCAAAUGAGUGUAGUAAUUUCUCCUACUGAAACUUCUUCGCCUAUACAAGCUAAUAAAACUAUAUACCUCGGUCAAACUUCAAUGCAACAAACUUCAAUGCAACCAACUUUAAUGCAAAAUUAUUAUUCGAAUGCUACUUUACCUUCAACAUCUGCUCAAACAACUUACCUUGGAAAGACUCCUGUGCAAAAUCAAAAUUCAACCACUAUUCCGUCUUUGCAUCAAUCAACAUAUCAUGAAAAUGAACAGCAUUCUAAUAUUGUAAUAGACGAAUAUCAAAUGGACGAAUAUCAAUUUAGAGCUCAAGCUUUGUUUGAUUAUAAUGGAAGUCCCGAAGAUCGUACCGAACUCUCAUUUGUUAAAGGCGAUUACCUUGACAUUGCUAGUAAAGAAGGUAAAUGGUGGCAUGCAAGAAAGGCCGAUGGUACAACUGGCAUUGCUCCAA